UAACCUUGGCUCGACGUCAGAGCCUGUGCAGCAGUGCAGUAUAAUGGGAGCGCAAGCAACCCAGAGCGCCUCAUAGGGGGCUGCAUAUCGCUGCUGUAUCCUCUGCUUGGCGCUCUCUGUCUCUUCUUCAGCUCUCUCCAGUACCUAACCUAUAGCCCAUGCUUGCGCCCCCCCCUCCACACUGGGUCUGUACCCUUCGACAUGGAUGUCCCGCGGACCCUCGAUCUGGAGUAUUGUUGUUUCUUGGCGCAGUGAAGGAAGAGAAGGGGAAGGGGAAGGAAUCAUGCCGGGACUGCUAAUGGAUUUAGGGAAAGCGCAAGUGACCAUGCCGUGAUCUUGCGCAACCAGGGCCGCCGUCACCCUGCCUUGCCCAACAACCGUAGAAGAAUUACAUGGGAAUCGAACCCGCGCAUCGGGGGGAUCAAACCACUGUGUAUUUUUUAAAAACAACAUGAAGAUUACCUCCCAUCUUCUGAUGAUAACCACUCUCCUUUUCAGGUCCAACCUCAGGCUGAUCCUGCUUCUGUUCCUGUUUCUUGGUUACUCUCGCGGGAUGCCACACGUUUUAAGAUUCGGAGGAAUAUUUGAAUCCAUUGAGAGCGGCCCCUCAGGAGCAGAGGAACUAGCCUUUAAAUUUGCCUUGAAUACAAUUAAUAGGAACCGCACCUUGCUCCCCAACACCACACUGACCUAUGACAUCCAGAGAAUAAACAUCUUCGACAGCUUUGAGGCCUCUAGGAAAGCAUGUGACCAGCUUUCCCUCGGGGUGGCGGCCAUUUUUGGCCCCUCACACAGCUCAUCGGCUAACGCGGUCCAGUCCAUCUGCAAUGCUUUGGGAGUGCCCCACAUCCAGACCAAGUGGAAGCAUCAAGUGUCCGACAACAGGGACUCGUACUAUGUCAGCCUGUACCCCGACUUUUCCUCGCUCAGUAGAGCCAUCCUUGACCUGGUUCACUUCUUCAAGUGGAGGACGGUCACUGUGGUCUAUGACGACAGCACAGGUACAGGUCUCAUUCGACUGCAGGAACUGAUCAAGGCCCCGUCACGAUACAAUAUUCGUUUGAAGAUCCGACAGCUGCCCACAGAGACCAAGGAUGCCAAGCCGCUUCUGAAAGAGAUGAAGAAGGCAAAGGAGUUUCAUGUCAUCUUUGAUUGUGGACACGAGAUGGCUGCGUGGAUCCUAAAACAGGCCCUGGCCAUGGGUAUGAUGACAGAGUACUACCAUUAUAUUUUUACUACCCUGGACCUUUUUGCCCUGGACAUGGAACCGUAUCGCUACAGUGGAGUCAACAUGACCGGAUUCCGCAUCCUCAACACAGAAAACUCUCAGGUGUCCUCGAUCAUUGAGAAGUGGUCAAUGGAGCGGCUACAAGCUCCACCCAAACCGGACUCAGGCCUGCUGGAUGGAUUCAUGACGACAGAUGCAGCGCUGAUGUAUGACGCUGUGCAUGUGGUGGCGGUGGCGGUGCAACAGUCGCAGCAGAUAACAGUCAGCUCUCUCCAGUGUAAUCGCCACAAACCGUGGCGCUUCGGUGGGCGUUUCAUCAGCCUCAUCAAAGAGGCUCACUGGGAUGGUUUGACAGGACGUGUUCUUUUCAACAAGACCAAUGGCCUGAGGACAGAUUUUGACCUGGAUGUCAUCAGUCUGAAGGAGGAAGGGCUGGAAAAGAUUGGAACAUGGGAUCCUCCCAGCGGUCUGAACAUGACAGACACUCACAAAAGCAAGACAUCCAACAUCACCGACUCUCUGGCUAACAAAUCCCUGCGUGUAUCCACUAUACUGGAGGAGCCAUAUGUGAUGUUUAAGAAGUCGGACAAGCCUCUCUACGGGAACGACCGCUUUGAGGGCUACUGUAUCGACCUGCUGAGGGAGCUCUCGUCCAUCCUGGGGUUCCAUUAUGAGCUGCGGUUAGUAGAAGAUGGGAAGUAUGGUGCACUGGAUGACAGCAAUGGCCAAUGGAACGGCAUGGUGCGGGAGCUCAUGGACCAUAAAGCAGACCUGGCCGUGGCUCCUCUGGCCAUCACCUACGUCAGAGAGAAGGUCAUUGACUUCUCCAAGCCCUUUAUGACAUUGGGGAUAAGUAUCCUGUAUCGCAAGCCCAACGGCACCAACCCCGGGGUCUUCUCCUUCCUCAACCCCCUCUCGCCUGAUAUCUGGAUGUAUAUUCUGCUGGCUUGCUUAGGUGUCAGUUGCGUGCUGUUUGUCAUAGCCAGGUUUAGCCCUUACGAGUGGUACAACCCUCAUCCAUGCAACCCUGACUCGGAUGUAGUGGAAAACAAUUUUACCCUGCUCAAUAGUUUCUGGUUUGGAGUUGGGGCUCUCAUGCAGCAAGGCUCAGAGCUCAUGCCCAAGGCGUUGUCAACUCGAAUAGUGGGAGGGAUCUGGUGGUUCUUCACCCUCAUCAUCAUUUCCUCGUAUACGGCCAACCUGGCUGCCUUCCUUACUGUGGAGAGGAUGGAGUCACCCAUAGACUCAGCCGAUGACCUGGCCAAACAAACUAAAAUCCCAUAUGGGGUGGUGGAGGAUGGAGCCACUAUGACCUUCUUCAAGAAGACAAAAAUCUCUACCUAUGACAAGAUGUGGGAGUUCAUGAACAGCAGGAGGCAAUCUGUGAUGGUCAAGAACGUGGAGGAGGGCAUCCAGCGUGUCCUGACCUCUGAUUAUGCUUUCCUCAUGGAGUCCACCACCAUUGAGUUUGUCACCCAGCGCAACUGUAACCUCACCCAGAUCGGAGGCCUCAUAGACUCCAAAGCCUACGGAGUGGGAACGCCUAUGGGCUCUCCAUACAGAGACAAGAUCACCAUAGCCAUUCUGCAGCUACAGGAGGAAGGGAAGCUGCACAUGAUGAAGGAGAAGUGGUGGAGAGGGAACGGCUGUCCCGAGGAAGAGAGUAAAGAGGCCAGCGCUCUGGGGGUGCAGAACAUUGGUGGGAUCUUCAUCGUGCUGGCUGCAGGACUGGUGUUGUCGGUGUUUGUGGCUGUAGGGGAGGUCCUUUACAAGUCUAAACAGAACGCACAGCUGGAGAAGAGAUCAUUCUGCAGCGCCAUGAUGGAUGAACUACGUGUGUCUCUGAAGUGUCAGCGCCGUCUCAAACAGAAGCCCCAGCCGCCCGCCAUCGUUAAGACAGAGGAGGUCAUUAACAUGCACACGUUCAAUGACAGGAGACUCCCAGGGAAGGAAACAAUGGCGUGAACGUUGGACCAUGUCCCGAACACACCCCUCAGUAAACAAAUACAGAGGGGAGACGGGGUUAAAUUAAUGCUCACUUAACCACAGACUGAAAUUAGCAGUCAAAACAGGAUUUCUUUUGAACCCACUCGCUUAUGUAGACAGAUGUUUCCUGUGGAAAUAUAGGUACCUGAGCAGUGUCACUUCACUGUGACGUCCAUUUUUUGAAGGGAUCUAGAAAGAAAGGACUCAUGGGUUUGGGUUGAUAGUAUGUAAAUUGAAAUCAUCCAAUCAGAUUUGGGACGAAACAUCUGAGUACAGUCUGGGUCUGUACUAGAAGUGGACUAAAACACACAUGCACACACACUCAUGUGACACACUUGAAGGGAAAAACUCUAUUGUGACAGUAACACCAGAUGUAGUUUUUCUGUUGAUGUCAAUGCCCUUUUGUCUUACCCUCCGUGUGUGUGUGUGUGUUUGUAGGUGUGUGUGUGUGUGUGUGUGUGUGUGUGACCCCAUCGGCCCCUCCCAUCAGUGGCUCCACUUUCUUUCAAAUCAUUUAAACAAACAGUAAUCUAACACCAACAACAGAACAAUAGUGCCGAAUGGUUUACUAUGAACCGAUGUAUAAAAUUGAUACCUAGUUUGGAAUCAUCUAUGCUGAUAAUGUUAAUUGCUCAUUGUUAUAUUCUGUAAUGCCUUUCUUGUGCCAAAGUUCUGCCAUUGUAAAGAACGUUCCACCAUGCCUAUUAUGUUCAAAGCCUCUGCAAAGCAAUGUACUGUCAAAGUCCUUAUUCACGUCUGUCCUUCUACGCCACCUGCGGUUUUCACUCUGUAUCGGUUGUUUAAAAUGCAGGAUUUCUACAAAAUGUUUGUUUUUGUACAAGAACAAGAAGUUUUGUAGUACUUUGUAUCAUGGUAGCCCUUCCCAUGGACAAAAUAUGUAGCAGAUACCAACUCAGCCCUCGGACUCUGACAACCGGGGGCUUCAAACUCUGCUGUGUAGGGUUCAUCUCGCUCAUCAUUCAGAGAUCCAGUCUUUUGUCUGUCAGCAUCGCAAGGCCAACUGUACAUACUGUCUGGAGACAGAGUGGUGGAUUUUGGAGGGUGAAAGCAAUGUAAAUGAAGUGGUGCUCAAAGUUGGCAAAAUGGUGACUGUGCUCUUGUCAGCAAAGUCCCACUGACAACCAGUGUGGUCACCUAAACGUAGCUGUGAUGAGUCACCAUGAAUGACAUAGUGAAACAUGCAAAUGUUGUUUGUGUUAAGGAUUAACAUAGAUACGAGGCUGCAGUAUUGUUAUCACACUACAUUUUAGCCCUAGGAAACUGGAAUAAAAAGUCCAAUUUUA